UAUAUCUUAGUUUAGAUACCAAUUUACAAGCCUGUUCCUAGUUUGAAGUCAAUAAGACCCUUUUUUUUUCAUCCUCCUUCUGAAGAACCUUGGCGCACUCUCUAAACCCUCUCUGCUCCCAGGCCCCGUCCGACGUUGUCGUCUCCAUCCUUGCCGCCGUCAGCAGGUUCCCUUGAAAAUGGAUAUCAGCUCUGGAGAAGGUUCAGACAUCAGUGAGUCUGAAAUGGAAGAGUAUGAAGAUAAAUACUAUGAAAAAUUAAAGAAUGGGAAUUACAAAAUCAAGAUUUCCAAUGAAAAGUAUACUUGCCCCUUUUGUCCCAAGAAGAAAAAGCAAGAUUUUUUAUAUAAGGAUCUCCUGCAGCAUGCUUCUGGUGUAGGAAAAAGCAAUUCUGAUAAAAGAAGUGCUAGAGAGAAAGCAAAUCACCUAGCUUUGUUUAAGUAUUUGGAAAAUGAUCUUCGUGGGACUGUGGGAAGUAGUUCAUCUUCGGCGGCGGCGGCAGCAGAGGCGGAGGACCCUCUUAGUGGUUGUGACCAUGAUGAGAAGAUCGUGUGGCCAUGGACUGGAGUUGUGGUUAAUAUUCCUACUCAAAAGUUAGAGGACGGGCGAUCUGUAGGAGGAAGUGGAUCCAAGUUGAGGGAUGAGUUGAUCAGGAGAGGGUUCAACCCCUUAAGAGUUCACCCACUAUGGAAUUAUCGUGGUCAUUCAGGGACUGCGGUUGUCGAGUUCCGUAAAGACUGGCCAGGGCUACAUAAUGCAUUAUCAUUUGAGAAGGCUUAUGAGGCAGAUCAUCGUGGUAAAAAGGAUUGGUUUGCUAAUAAUGCUGUUAAAGAAGGUCUUUAUGCUUGGGUUGCACGCGCUGAUGACUACAAGUCAAGUACCAUUAUUGGCGAACAUUUACGCAAGAUUGGUGACCUUAAGACCGUUUCUGAGCUCAUGGAGGAAGAAGCCAGGAAACAAGACAGACUGGUAACAAAUUUGACAAAUAUCAUUGAGACUAAAAAUAAACACAUACAGGAGAUGGAACAAAGAUGUUCUGAAACUUCCAAGUCCCUCGAGGCCUUAAUGGAAGAAAAGGAUAACCUUAGUCAAGCAUAUAAUGAAGAGAUUAAAAAGAUUCAAGUAAGUGCAAGGGAUCACUUCCAGAGGAUUUUUAGUGACCAUGAAAAACUGAAGUCACAGUUAGAAUCCCAUAAGAAAGACCUAGAGUUGCGUGGAGUUGAACUUGAAAAGCGUGAGGCACUGAAUGAAAGUGAAAGGAAAAAGUUGGCUGAGGAGCUUGAAGAGAAUGCUGUUCAAAAUAGUGCACUACAUUUGGCUGCUUUGGAGCAAAAAAGGGCUGAUGAAAAUGUAAUGAAAUUGGCUGAAGAUCAGAAGAGGCAGAAGGAGGAACUUCACAACAGGAUAAUUCAGCUUGAGAAAAAAUUAGAUCAAAAACAGGCAUUGGAACUGGAAAUUGAGCAACUGCGAGGAUCACUGAAUGUAAUUAGGCACAUGGGAGAUGAAGAUGAUAUAGAAGUUCUUGAGAAAGUGGAUGCAAGUCUUAAAGAGUUGAGAGAAAAAGAGGCAGAGCUUGAAGACUUAGAAGCAUUAAACCAAACUCUUAUUGUAAGAGAGCGCAAGAGCAAUGAUGAACUGCAGGAUGCUCGCAAAGAAUUGAUUAAUGGAUUAAAAGAAAUAUCCACCCGUUCACAAAUUGGUGUCAAGAGAAUGGGAGAGCUUGACAGUAAACCGUUCCUUGAAGCCAUGAAAAGAAGGUAUAAUGAGGAACUAGCAGAGGAGAGAGCUUCAGAAGUCUGCUCAUUGUGGGAAGAAUAUCUGAAGGAUCCUGACUGGCAUCCUUUUAAACGCAUUAAGCUUGAAGGAGGAGAAGAAUAUCAGGAAGUGAUUGAUGAUGAAGAUGAAAAGUUGAGAGAUUUGACGGAUCAGAUGGGUAUUGAAGCGUAUAAGUCAGUUACUUCAGCCAUAAAGGAAAUAAAUGAAUACAAUCCAAGUGGAAGGUAUAUAAUUUCUGAGUUGUGGAAUUACGGAGAAGGAAGAAAGGCAACCCUGAAAGAGGGUGUUACAUUCUUACUGAAGCUUUGGGACAACGCUAAACGCAAGCGAGGAAUGACCUGAAGGUCGCUAAUUUGUUUUUCAGGAAAUAAUUUGCUGACUGCCUAUAAGGAGCAGUACCCAUGGGGGGGAAGCAAAGAAUGCAUCUCCAUAAUAUCGGAUUAGGUUUGCCGAGUGUAGUGUUUAAUGCUGUCUUUAUUGUUGUCUGUGUUCUACAUAAUUGAAUUCCAUGUUAAAUAAUAUUCAGCUCCCAAGCCAGGAAACAGGUUCCUUACUGGGAAGAAACUGCAUUCAUGUAACAUUUAGAAUUCAAGCUCAUGUCAACUAAGAACUGCUUAUGCAGUAUAGUUUACAGAUUAGGCUCAUGUCCAACUUGAACUUCCUUUGGUAACAUGGGAGUCGAGCCAUGAUGCAGCCCCGCAAACAGGGACAUGUUUUUAAUAUAUUGUAUUGUGUGUUUUAAGUUAA